GACCAUGCAAAGCCUAACCUGAUCUGGAACUACAAGACUCGAGAGGAACUCCGGGAAUGUCUGGAGAAUGAGAUCAGAGCCUUCAAUGUCGACAAGGAGCUGGGGGCCACAUUUGUCGUGGGCUGGAACCAUACUGAGUUUGAGGUCCCUUACAAUUGUUUGGCAGAGGAGAUCAAGAUUGGGGAUUACUAUCUGCGGCUGUUGUUGGAGGAGGAUGAAGAUGAAGCCACAGAGGAAACCAGUGCAAUAAAAAAAUCGUAUGAGUUUUUCAAUGACCUGUACCAUCGGUUCCUGCUGACUCCUAAAGUGAACAUGAAAUGCAUGUGCUUGCAGGCCAUGGCAAUUGUCUAUGGCAGGUGUCAUGAGGAGAUUGGUGCUUUCAAUGACACCCGCUAUAUAGUGGGCAUGCUGGAGAGAUGUACAGACAGAAUUGAACGGGACAGGCUCAUUCUCUUCUUGAAUAAGUUAAUUCUGCACCAGAGAAAUGUCAAGGAGAUUAUGGAUGCAAACGGAGUGAAGACCCUUGUCGACCUGUUGACCUUGGCUCAUCUUCACACGACAAGGGCAACAGUCCCACUGCAGACAAAUGUGAUUGAAGCCUCCCCUGAUAUGCAUAGAGAAAGUGAAAAAGAGUGGUACUUUGGAAACAAGGAGAAAGAACGGCUGGGUCCCUACAGUUUUGAAGAGAUGAAAGCAUUCUACGAAGAAGGUACAGUCCAUGCUAAAACAAGAUGCUGGGCUCAAGGCAUGGACGGGUGGCGACCUCUGCAGGCGGUGCCCCAGCUCAAGUGGACAUUGCUGGCCAGCGGUCAGGCUGUGAUGAAUGAGACAGACAUGGCCACUCUCAUUCUCAACAUGCUCAUUAAGAUGACAGAGUACUACCCAAGCAGAGAUUCUGAUGGUGCUAUCAUUCGACCUCUUCCGCGAAUAAAACGGAUACUUUCUGAUGCUACCUGUCUGCCUCAUAUCGUGCAGCUGUUGCUGACCUUUGACCCAGUUUUGGUGGAGAAGGUUGCGACCUUGCUGUACCUGGUUAUGCAGGAUAACCCGGUAGUUUCACGGCUGUAUCUGUCUGGGUCAUUCUUCUUCAUCAUGAUGUACACAGGCUCCAACGUUCUUCCAGUGGCUCGGUUUCUCAAGUACACACACCUCAAACAGGCAUUUCGCUCGGAAGAGAAUGCCACAUCAGACAUCCUUGCUCGCAGUGUCCUGGGUCCCAUUUUGCCAGAGGCUAUGGUAUGUUACCUGGAGAACUAUUCUCCAGAGAAGUUUGCCCAAAUUUUCCUUGGAGAGUUUGACACCCCAGAGGCAAUCUGGAACAGUGUAUUGACUAUAGAGAAGAUCUUUUCACACUUGGCUGACUUCUCCCCCCGUCUGAUGAGUAACACUCGUGCCCUGUACUAUCUCAAAACCCAUCCCGACACAGUGCGUGCGCUUCCCCGACUGGCCAAUCAAAGACCCGGUAGGUGCAUUUACUAUCUCAGACAUCUGUGUGACACAGUGCGCUUCCCCGACUGGCCAAUCAAAGACCCGAUCAAAUUAUUGAAAGAUAUUCUGGAUGCUUGGAAAAAAGAGGUAGAAAAGAAGCCACCAACCUAUAUUCGUAAAGCAUAUUUUAAAAUGGCUCGAGAUUAUCACCCGGACAAGAAUCCAGAGGGAAGGGAAAUGUUUGAGCAAGUGAACAAAGCUUAUGAAUUCCUGUGCAGUAAGACCAAGGUUAAAGAUGGACCGGAUCCUCAGAAUAUAGUCCUUAUACUGAAAGCCCAGAGUAUCCUCUUCAGUCGCUACAAAGAAGAGCUGCAGCCAUACAAGUAUGCAGGCUACCCCAUGCUCAUUAAGACCAUUCAGAUGGAGACCAAUGAUGACCAGUUGUUCAGCAAGUCAGCACCACUCCUGUCUGCAGCUGCAGAGCUGGCAUAUCACACGGUCAACUGCUCUGCUCUAAAUGCUGAAGAGCUCCGCAGGGAGAAUGGUAUUCAGAUACUUCAAGAUGCUUUCUCAAGAUGUGUCAGCGUACUCAGCCAGUCCAGCAAGCAGGAUGAUGUUGCUGUCAAUGUGUGUACCUACAUUGCCAAAUGUUACGCUGUGUCAGCCCAGUUUGAAGGAUGCAGGGAAAAAAUACAGGAACAUUCGGCCAUCAUCAAGGAUUUGUGCAGGAUUUUGUACUAUAAGAAUCUUCCCAAACUGUGUGCUGUUGUUUGUGAGUGUGUCAGCGCUUUCUGUGUAGAUUUCUGGCUGCAGACUAACUUGUUCCAGUCUGGGGUGCUCUGGCACUUGUUACUGUACCUCUUCAAUUAUGACUACACUUUGGAGGAGGGCGGCGUGGAGAAAAGUCAGGAGAGCAACCAACAGGAAGUUGCAAACUACCUGGCAAAGAUGAGUGUUGUAGCCAGCGGGAGAUUGGCAGGCUUCUAUAGCAGCGAGAAUGAGCUGACCACGCCUGAUAAUCCGUCAGUCAAGAAGUCUUUAUACUCUCUGCUGACACCUUACCUGGCAAGAAAGCUAACCAAUGAAAGCCCAGUUGAGUGUGGCUCAGAUGACAGAUCUCUGUGGCUGCUGAAGAUGCUCAACAGCAACACAGAAAACCCGUACUUGAUCUGGGACAAUGCCACCCGCGCCCAGCUCUGUGAAUAUCUUACAGAUCAGCAACAGCGGAUCAUUAAAACAGGAGAAUGUGAUCCAAGCUACGGUGCCAACUUUGUCUUCGAUAUCCACUCUAAAGAGCUGAUUGUUGGAGAAAUAUUUGUUAGGAUCUUCAAUGAGCAACCAACCUUUCCCCUGGAGAACCCCAAAGGUUUUACAAUAGAUCUUUUGGAUUUCCUGGGAUCUCAGGCACAGUACCUACACUCGAUGAUGAUGCUGCAGCAGCAACAGAGCAUUAGCCCCAGCCCUGACCAUGCGGACAGGUUAGGGAAGAUUGAGAUGGCCCUGGAAGCUCUCAGAAAUAUCAUUAAAGCUAGUCCAGGUGUGGAGAUCCAGUGUAUUGGACACUUCAAGUUAUUAUUUGCCUUAUUGCGUAUGGAAGAGUUCUCCAAACUACAGCAGUUUACAGUCGAGGUGAUCAACAGUGUCACAGGAAAUCAGGAGUGUGUCAAGGACAUUGCUGCCUCUGAAGUUUUGGGUUAUCUUUUGUUCUCCCUUCAAAGUGUUCCAUCCUGUCGUUUGCUGACUCUGGAAAGUUUGUUUGCUCUCAUGUCCAACACCAAGAUCGUUAAAGAGGCCGUUGUUAAAGGAGGCCUAAUAUACCUCCUAGACCUGUUUUGCAACUCUACCAACCCUGCCAUCAGAGAAAAAACUGCUGAGCUCUUCGCCAAGAUGUUAUCAGAUAAACUUGUGGGUCCAAAGGUUCGAAUCCUGCUUAACAAGUUCCUGCCUCCCAUCUUCAUGGAUGCUAUGAGAGAUUCAGCAGAGGCUGCAGUUCAUAUGUUUGAAGGCACACAUGAGAACCCAGAGUUGAUCUGGAAUGAUGAUGCUAGAGAGAAAGUCUGCAACACUGUCAAGAGACUGAGAGAGAAGCACUUCCAGGCACAGAAGGAGGACAUCAGUGCCAAAUGGAGCAUGAGGGAAGACUUUCAAGUUGUCUACUCAGACGUGCAAGGAGAGGUUGUGGUGGGAGGAGUUUUCCUACGGCUGUUUAUCUCCAACCCUGGCUGGGUCCUGCGUCGGCCUAAGGAGUUUCUGACUGAACUGCUGGAACAGUGGUCGCAGGCUACUGUCGCAGUUGCCUUUAAUGGUGAAAUGUUAGAGACCUUGACCACGGCAGUUGUCUGCCUGUUUCAGGCCAAUAGUUCACUUCUAGAUCAAGUCCCAUCACUAGGCUACAUCCCACGAGUCUUUACAGCCAUGGUGUCUAAAAAUAACGCUGUCCCGAAAUCUGCCAUCCAGGUUGCUCACCAGUUAAGCUAUAGUGAGCUGUGUAUUCGUGCGAUGGCCGUAAUUGAAAGUGUUGGUCCCGUGCAGUCAGCCAUGAAAGUGAGAAAGGACAUGAUUGGGCUGGCAGCUGAGGCUCUCUCAAAGAUGUUUGACAAAGGAGAGGAGGAGUUGGUCCAACAGGCACUAAAAGUGGAUUUGAUCCCAUACCUGUUGAAACUGUUAGAAAGUGGUUUAGAGGCUAUGGAAAAUCCGCCUGCUACCAAAGCUCAGAUUGUCAAGGCUUUGAAAGCUAUGCAGAGGAGUCUGACUCAUGGGGAAAGGGUAACAGAAAUCUUGGACAAGUCCACAAUCUGGAAAGACUACAAGGAUCAAAGACAUGACUUGUUUAUUAGUGACACCAACAUUGCUGGUUACCUGACAGGACCCGCAGGACCCAGUGUAGCAGGUUACCUCACUGCAGGAACCAUGAGAUCCACCAUGCCCGAUGUACCCCCACCUGUGGAUACUGAUCACAAUGAUGAUGGUUAG